UAGUAGAAAACUAUAUCAAUGAAGAAGUGCUUAUCAAUCAUAUACUUUAAUAUUGUAUCGCUUGUUUUCUAACUGUGUGAUAAUAGUAGAACUAUAACUAUUUUAAUGAAGAAGCAAUGAAUACGUUACUAAACAGUACACAACUCUUUCAGAAUGUGAACAAUAUUCUUAAUGUAUCUUUAAGGAAAUCUUCUAGACAGGUGCCCGAACCACCUGGAUAUUUAAUUAUCACUGCUACGUUAUUCUAUGUCAUAGUUUUUAUACUUGGUGUGUUUGGUAAUAUUAUAGUGAUCGUUGUUAUAAUAGCAAACAAAAAUAUGAAAAAUAUGGUAAAUAUGUUUCUAAUAAACUUAUGUGUGGCUGACUUACUGGUAAUGCUUAUAUGUAUGCCACCAACAUUACUGGAAUUACAUACGAAGGAAGUCUGGUAUCUGGGCGAAUUCAUGUGUAAACUGGUGCCAUUUUUGGAAUUCGUAGUUUCUAGCGCUUCAAUAUUUACAAUAUUAGCAAUCAGCAUCGAACGAUACAAAGUCGUGUGUCAUCCACUGAGUAUAAAUAAAGAGAAAGCAAGACAAAUUAUUGGAACUGUUAUUAUUGUCUGGAUUUUAGCAAUUCUAACAAGUGCACCAAUUUUACCUAUUACAGUUUUUAAAGAUAGUCGUUUAAAGGACGGCACUCCAAUUCAAGUUUGUCGAAUUCCAGUUCGAAAAGCAUGGCAUAAAACAUAUUUUUUCGCCAAUGCCAUUUUGAUAUAUUUUAUACCUUUUAUGGUAUUAGCUGUGUUAUAUUUUAAACUCUGUAGAGAACUUGUACCUAGAAAGAAUCAAGAUAAAACAACUAUUGAACUACAAGCUCAUACAGAUAACGAAAAACUUCGUCUAAGAUGGCAAGUUGUUAACAUAAUAGCAACAAUUGUAUGCGUGUUUUUCAUCUGCCAUUUGCCUUACAGAGUCGUUAGCAUAUGGUUAAUGUUAGAAGAUAAACAAAAGCUAGCUACCAUGGGACUAGAAACAUACCUUAAUAUAAUUUACUCAGCUAGACUUAUGUUGUACUUAAAUCACGCACUGAAUCCUAUUUUGUAUAAUUUUGUAUCGACGAAAUUUCGUAUGGCUUUGAGGUGUUUUCUAUCUACAAAAAAGCAUCCAAACAAUUAUACUUUGUAUGAAAGACGGAGGUCUGCUUAUACUUUUAAGCCUAAAUCUAAUUCAAAUAAAAAUACUUCUGUGAAAUUUAAAAAUUUACAAAAAGAUGAAAUUAUGUUCCAUGACAACGAAUCUAAAUCUUCAAGUUCAAAGAGUCGUAGAAAGAUGAAUGAUUUCUCUCCCUUGUAUGCCAAUAUAUGUGACUUAAAAGACGAAAACAAAGUUGUAAACAUUAAGGAAAUUAAACAACAAAAUACGGAAAUGGUGACUGAUAAAAGCAAAUUGACUCCUUCUUUAACUAUGGACAUCGAUGCAGCUUCAGCGCCAACUAUUAGAGUGCGCCUGGAAACAAAAGAAGGGUAUUUGUUAGCAAUAACCGUUGAAAACUGGAAUAAACCAAAAAGUCGAAAGAAACUAUUUUAACUGUAUGUGAUAAAUUUGACACCUCAAUGGGUUUAAUAUUUGAAACCGUCACU